AUGGACUCCAAGGAGGCUGCACGAGCCGCUCUAGAGCAGAUCGAGGGCGACGACGAAACUGCGUUCGGUGCCGACUUUGCACAGCGGGUCAAGACUCAAAGAGCGCUAGGUUGGCGUCGAUUAGGGCCUCUUGGUAAAAUCGACAUCUCGGUCCACAUGCGCGAGAACAAUUACCGGUGGAAUCUCUUCAAGAAACGAACUGGCCGGUCACUGGGGAUGGACAACGAUACGCGCUGGAACUCAUGGUUUCUGCUUCUGGACGUUGCCCUCAAUCUCCAGGAGCAUGUGGAGUGGUACCAGAGAAGAUACUAUGACAACCUACAGGACGACUAUCUCGCCCCUAAUGGGUGGAGCAUCCCGAGGGAAACGCGCACUUUCCUUCAACCAUUCUGGAAGAUCACUCGGCUUACAGAGGGUCGCUAUACCACCCUCGACCGCACACUCUUCACCAUGGACGUCCUUCACAGGCAUUACACACAGGCUUUCCAAAAGCAUCAUGACAACCAUGCACUCCGCAGCUGCAUUGCUGCCUCAUGGGCUGUAUUUGACAAGUACUACCAGCUUACGGAUGAGAGCCCUGCCUAUGAAUGCUGGCUUACCUGCUGGCGAUUGUGA